GCGGGCGCCGGAGUCAUGGAGCCGCUCGGGCUGCUGCUGCUGCUGCUGCGGAUCUCCGCGCUGGCCGCCUCGUCCUUGCAGCAGCCGCACGCGGCCACCGAAGCGCAGGAGCAGCUGCUCUCGAGGCAGGAGGCAUCGCUGGGCGCGCCCUCGCCCGGCUCCCUCUGGCCUCUGCCCGCCUCGCUCCACAUCUGGCCAGCCCGGCUGCAGCUUGCGCCCAGGCGCUUCCAGAUCGUCCACGGUCCGGGCUCGUCGGCAGGGCCGCGCUGCGCAUUGCUGCAGGAUGCCUUCCGCAGAUACUAUGAAUACAUAUUUGGAUACUCCAAAUGGCAGAACAGUGACAAGGAGAAACCUCUUUCUGAAGCAGAGCUGUCCUCACUUCAGGUCAUUAUCACUUCAGAGGAUUCUGAAUGUGAUAAAUAUCCUAGCAUUACAUCAGAUGAAGCCUAUCAGCUCCAAGUAUCAGAACCUGCAGCUGUGCUGAAAGCAGGCAAAGUUUGGGGAGCUUUGAGAGGCUUAGAAACAUUCAGCCAGCUAGUAAAUGAAGAUGACUGUGGAAGCUUCUUUAUCAACAAAUCUGACAUCGCCGACUUCCCAAGGUUUGCUUAUCGAGGAAUUUUGCUUGAUACAUCAAGGCAUUUCUUGCCCUUGAAAUCUAUCCUAACCAAUUUGGAUGCCAUGGCUUUCAACAAGUUCAAUGUCCUGCACUGGCACAUUGUGGAUGACCAGUCCUUUCCUUUCCAGAGUGUAACUUUUCCUGAACUGAGUGGCCAGGGCGCCUAUUCAUACAAUCACGUUUACACUCCCACUGAUGUCUCACUUGUGUUAGAAUAUGCUCGGUUGCGAGGGAUUCGAGUCAUUCCAGAAUUUGAUACCCCAGGACAUACAGAGUCUUGGGGAAAAGGGCAAAAAGAUCUCCUCACACCAUGCUACAAUGGAGAACAUCCGAGUGGCGUGUAUGGACCUAUAAAUCCCAUAUUGAAUACAACUUACGAUUUCAUGGCAAAAUUAUUCAAAGAAAUUGGCACCGUAUUUCCUGAUGACUACAUCCACUUAGGAGGAGAUGAGGUGGACUUCACUUGUUGGAAGUCCAACCCUAAUGUGUCAGAGUUCGUGAAGAAGCAAGGGAUCUGGUACAGCUAUGCAAAACUGGAAUCCUAUUAUAUUGAGAAAAUAUUGGACACGGUAUCCUCUCUUAACAAGAAAUCUAUAGUCUGGCAGGAAGUCUUCGAUAAUGCAGUGAAGCUACAGCCAGACACAAUAGUUGAAGUGUGGAUGGGGUUCAUGUAUCAAGAAGAAUUAAGAAAAGUCACAAAGGAAGGACACCAGGCAAUCCUGGCAGCACCUUGGUACCUAGACCUCAUUAGUUAUGGCCAGGACUGGAAGAAAUACUACAGUGUUGAACCACUAGACUUCCCCGGAUGCAAAUCACAGAAGGAGCUGGUGCUUGGUGGAGAAGCUUGCCUCUGGGGAGAAUAUGUGGAUGCAACUAAUCUCACCCCAAGACUCUGGCCUCGGGCAAGUGCUGUUGGCGAGAGGCUCUGGAGCAGUAAAAAUGUCACUGAUAUUGCAGAUGCUUAUAAGAGACUAAAUGAACAUCGUUGCCGCAUGCUGAGGCGUGGAAUAGCAGCACAGCCUUUAUUUGUUGGAUACUGUCGCAGUGAAGAAAGAGACCCAUAACAUACUGACAGAAUCUUACAGUAGUGCCUUUUGGGAAGGAAGCCUGCCCAUUCCUGGCUGAAUAGUUGCACUGAAGUACUCUAUUUUAAUUUUGAAAUGAUGGAAUUCUCUUUUCAGAUGUUUCAAAAUAAUUGCUUUUUUGACAAUGAAAGAGUAUGAGAGAUAGUUUUUAAAUAAAAUUGUUUUAAUAACAA